AUGAAAAAUAUAAUUAUAAUAGCUUUAUUAUUAGCAGUAGCUUUUGCUAGUCUUAGAGGAUCUGAUAGAAAAGAAUACAAACAUGAAAGAGAUUAGAACAAAUUACGAAAAGGAGAUAGAGAUAGAAGUGAUUCUAGUUCUGGAUCAUAUGAAGAUGAAUACUCUUACACUCUCUAAAAUAGUGAAGAUAAUUAUACAUAUGAAUCUACUAGUUAUGAUAGUGAAUCAAGUGAAAGUAGUUCAGGAAGUGAGUCAAGUGAAAGUAGUUCAGAAAGUGAAUCAUAUUCUUCAGAAUUUAAACAUAAAAGAAAUGUUCACCACCAUAAAUAAUAAAACAGAGAUGGAAGAAGAGGACCAAGAGGUAGAUUCCAUAAUAAAGAUCAAUAAUUUUAGAAUAGAAAGCAUCCUCAUCCUCCAAGACCUCAAGAUGAAUUCUCAAAAAAAGUUUUCUAAAAUUUAAAAAAAACUGGAAAAGUUAUUCUAGAAGAAUGGAACAUAAAUUAAGAUCCAUCAAUUAAAAAUGAAAUCAGAGCUAUCUUGAUAGCAAAUUUAGAAAAUCUGUUACCUGUAGCGGAAGUUAUAAAUACUUAAGAAUCUGUACCAAAUGAACCAAUUAGUCCAGAUUAAAAAGAUCAUCGCCCUCAUCGUUGUCCUCAUUCUAUUCCUCCUCCACCUCCACCUCCAUAACCUGAAGAUGAAUUUGCUAACUAGGUUUUCAAAACUCUACAUCAGAUUGGAUUUGAAAUUCUUGAAUAAUGGAACUUAGAAUAAGAUGUUUAAGUCAAAAAUCAAAUUAGAGCUAAUUUGAUUUAAUAAUUAAGUGAACUCAUUCCAGAAUAAUUAGUGGAAGUUAGUACUACUACUAUUAUCGAUGCUCCUCUUUAAAUCGAAACUAUUUAAGAAAGAGCAGUUCCAAGAUUAACUGAUGAAAAUGGAAAUUGAUAUCAUUAUAUCAUAAACAAUAAUUCAU